AUGAAGUCCAAAUCAAGUUCAAAAGCAGCCUCAGUCAGUUAGGAGCUACCAACUACAGAAGCAAAAGCAUUAAACAUGCUAUCACUAAAUGUUUUAGGGGAGUCAGACCCGUCCAAUAUUACAAAGCAGGAUCUCUUAUCGGCUAUUGCAUUUGAUAAGCAAGGCUAGAUGUUAUCCGUAGGUGAUAGAGGAGGCAGAGUUAUCGUUUUUUAAAAAGUAGAAGAAGGGGGUUCCAUAGACUACGAAUAUAUGACUGAAUUUUAAUCGCACGAGACGGCAUUUGAUCCCUUAAACUCAAAUCAAAUCCCAGAGAAAGUCAAUGUUAUAGAAUGGAUCAAUUAACAUACUUCCAGCAUUCCUCAAUUAUUAUCUGCUAAUGAUAAACUUAUUAAGCUAUGGCGAUUAGAGUAUAAAAAAGAAAAGAAAUAUGAGUCCUGUAAGAAGUUACUCUAAAAGGGGAAACUAAUGCUUCCCAGAUCGAAAGUUAUAAACGAAAGUUGGGAAGGCAGAUGUAAGUAGUUCUAUAAAAGUGCGCAUGAAUAUCAUAUCAAUUCGCUGUGUAUCUCCCCGGAUGGAGAGAACUUUUUAUCCGCAGAUGAUUUGCGAGUAAAUCUCUGGAACGUAGAAAACGCAUCAACGGUAUACAACAUCCUAGACAUAAAACCUAAGAGCAUAGACGAUCUCGAUGAGGUAAUAUCUCAUUGCGAAUUUCAUCCUCUUAUGCCCACUGUUUUUCUCUAUACCACAACAAAAGGGUUCUUGCAUAUCUGCGAUUUCAGGGAAGCCUCCUCAUUUUAGUAAUACUCUACACUCAAGUAUGAUGUAAGUCAGGGUACAAAGAAGAACGCUUUCUCAGAGAUGAUAAAUUCACUUUCUUUUGGAAAGUUCAUGAAAAUGUAUCCAAAUCAUAUCGUUACAAGAGACUAUUUGUCAGUGAAGAUUUGGGAUAUAAGACAGACAUAACAACAAUCAGGAAAAUAACCAGUAUACCAGUCGGCAUAAGUUUGCGACUAUCUGGAUAAGAACUUAGUUAACUUGUAUGAGGAGGAUUCCAUCUAUGAUAAAUUCUUCCUCGACAUCUCUCCUUGCAAUAAUUAUAUGAUCACGGGAGGUUACAAUAAAAGUGGCCACCUUAUAGAUCUAAGUCUAAAUCAUAAUAAUACAUUGGAAGCCAAAUUCGAAAUGAAGCGUGGUAAACCAGGUGGAAAAUUAAGGAAAUAUCAAGCCAAUAAAAAACUGGCCGCUUUAGAGGGCUAGGGAUCUAUCGAUUUUAAGAAAAAGGUAAUGAACGGUGUAUGGCAUCCUAAAGAUAAUACAGUUGCAUUAGCAUUUAGAAAUUGUAUCUUUAUGUAUUCAGACAAAAUGUGA